CAACCAGGCAUUCUUUACUUUGUCCGCACUUUGGAACGCUUCAUCUGAUGUACGAUUCAACACCUUUACACGUUCUCGCAUAAGUAGGGGCGGUAUUCUUUUCCCUUCCCUGUUUCCUUUCUUCCACCUCCCUCUACUCCUAUCCUUUGUGUCCUCAUCUCCAGGACGCAUGUGUAGAGAAGCACGUCUUCCUUUUCAACAUCGUUUCACCAAAUACAUUAUCGAGAUACCAUCUCUCUGCUAAAGGCUGCCCACUCCUGCUCACCCAAUUACAUCGUCCUUGCUCUCAGCGGCCGAAGAUGGCAUCUCAACCUAGCGUUUCCAGCGGCUCCUGGCGCAAGGGCCUAAUGAAGGAUUCUAUCACUUCUUUCUUCAAUAACAACAACAAGAAACCUGAAGCGGAAAAGGACAAUGAUGCUGUUAUUAACGAAGCAUCUCGCAACAAUUCCGACGCCACUCCUACCCCCAACACCGCAGUACAGGGUGACCGCACGCCGAAUUCUGACGAGACUGGAGCUCUUCCGCCAUAUAAGGAACGUGAUCCCGAUCCCACGGCCAAACAUGAUCCCAUGGCCAGUUCUAUUGAAGGUGGCGUGGAGUACAAGUCUAUGGUCUGGUGGCAAGCCGGCAUGGUCAUGGUUGCGGAGACCAUCUCCCUUGGUAUCCUGUCACUUCCUCAAGCUAUCUCGCAGGUUGGAAUCAUACCCGGCUUGAUCCUUCUCCUCGCUCUCGGAGCCCUGGCAUCCUACUCCGGCUAUGUCAUCGGUCAGUUCAAGAUGCGAUAUCCUCAUAUUCACUCGAUGGGCUGUGCCGGAGAAGUCCUUUUCGGCCGUUGGGGAGGUGAAAUUCUCGGCUGGGGUCAAUUCUUGUUCUAUAUCUUCGUCAUGGGCAGCCACAUCCUGACUUUCUCCAUCAUGAUGAACGCCAUUACGGGCCAUGGAGCUUGCACGAUCGUUUGGAUGGUCGUCGGCACCAUUCUGAGCUUCCUUUGCACACUGCCACGUACUCUCAAGAACUUGUCCUACUACUCUGUCGUCAGCUUCCUCAGUAUCAUUGGUGCCGUCAUGAUUACCAUGAUUGGAGUUAGCAUCACCAAGCCCGGCUUGGCCCCAGGAGAGACCACGCUGCAUGUCCGACUCUGGCCUAGACCAGGCCUCGGCUUCCAGGAUGGAUUUCUCGCCGUCGCAAACAUGGUCUUUGCAUACGCCGGCCAUGUCGCCUUCUUCACGUUCAUCUCCGAACUGCGGAAGCCUGAGGACUUUCCUAAAGCUUUGGCUCUUUUGCAAUGCAGCGACAUCAGCAUGUACAUCAUCACCGCGGUUGUGGUGUACUAUUAUGCCGGAGACAAUGUCAGGAGCCCUGCACUAGACAGUGCUGGCAACGUCGUGAAGAAGGUUGCCUACGGCAUCGCCAUUCCCACCAUUGUUAUUGCCGGUGUUGUCAAUGGUCAUGUUGGUGUCAAAUACCUGUAUGUGCGACUAUUGCGAAACCGGACCGAUGAUUUGAUGCAUCAAAAGUCAUGGAAAUCUUAUGGCAUUUGGGUUGGCAUCUGCACCGGCUCCUGGCUCGCUGCCUGGCUUAUUGCCGAAGCGGUUCCUGUUUUCAAUGAUCUGUUGGGUUUGACCAGUGCACUCUUUGCCAGUUGGUUCACCUUUGGCCUCAGUGGUAUGUUCUGGAUGAAGAUGAACCUCACGCGACGGUCAUGGAAGAUUGUCCCUCGAGAAAGCUGGAGCAAGCGGAAGUCGUUCUUGUUUCUGGUCAACGUUUUGCAGAUUCUCAUGGGAGCUGUUCUGUGUGUGGUUGGAUUGUAUGCCAGCAUUUCCAGCAUGAUCGAGAAUGGAACUGGUGGCAAGACCCCAUUUAGCUGUGCCAACAAUGCUGCUGGAGACGUCCUGGAUUUCCAGAAAAUGGGAACUGAUGCUGCCUGAGAGGUAUUGG